GAAAGUGCAAUUUAGUUUACUUAACGGCGCAUAAUAAGUUGCUACGUUCUUUAUAAAUCACGUCCCCAGUCCCAGACAAAAGCGUCAUGCAAAGUGUGCUGAAUACCGUCAAAGGCACAGCCUUGAAUGUCGCCGAAUACCUAACGCCCGUUCUAAAGGAGUCAAAGUUUCGAGAGACUGGUGUGCUAACACCCGAGGAAUAUGUCGCUGCUGGCGACCAUUUAGUGCACCAUUGUCCUACCUGGCAGUGGGCGUCGGGCGACGAUACUAAAACAAAGCCAUACUUGCCAAAGGAUAAACAAUUUCUGAUAACGCGGAAUGUGCCAUGCUACCGACGCUGCAAGCAAAUGGAGUAUGUGGGCGAGGAGACGCUCGUGGAGGAGGAGUCGGGUGAUGGCGGCUGGGUGGAGACACAUCAAUUAAACGAUGACGGCACCACAGAAGUGGAGGAGAAAAUUUGCGAAUUAACCUUGGAUGAGAACAGGGACGAAAUGCACACGCCCGAUAGUAAUAAAUCGGCUCCUGGUGCCGAGGAUGAGGAGGAAGACGAUGACGAAGCCAUUGAUAUGGAUGCAUUUGAGGAGAGUGGCAUGCUGGAGCUUGUGGACCCUUCUGUGGCGACCACCACACGCAAAGCUGAAGCAGAUCUCAUAAGCAGGCAGGCUACUGAUGAAGAUGGAGGUGGCGCAGCCGGAGGCAGCAGCGAUUCAGUGUUACGCACGCGCACCUACGACUUGCAUAUAACAUACGACAAAUACUACCAGACACCACGCCUCUGGGUUGUGGGCUAUGACGAGCAGCGGAAGCCCCUAACUGUGGAACAAAUGUACGAGGAUGUUUCGCAGGAUCACGCCAAAAAGACUGUUACGAUGGAGUCGCAUCCGCACUUGCCGGGUCCCAACAUGGCUUCCGUGCAUCCGUGCCGCCAUGCAGACAUUAUGAAAAAGAUUAUACAGACCGUGGAGGAGGGCGGCGGCGAACUGGGCGUGCAUUUAUAUUUAAUAAUAUUCUUGAAAUUUGUGCAGACCGUCAUACCGACCAUCGAGUAUGAUUUUACGCAAAACUUUAACAUGUCCUAAAUCAGUAGUCAGUCAUUCGCUUAGCGGUACAGCGCAGCCAUUUCAAUAUAUGCAACCGAUAUUAUAAAAUAAACGAAUUUGUCAGCACAAAAACAA